UCCUCCUUGUAGCACUAACCGAAAGACACAGGCUGUGGUGUCAGUGCCAAUCACUGUAAAGUCAUUCUCGCGAACCAGGGGCUUCUCUGGUUCCCGGUCUAGACUUCAGAGUCGGACAGUCUGUUUCUGAUUCGGGCGUUUUCAUCCCACGCCACGCCAGUUGGCCUCUGGGCUGUUUGUUUACUCGAAGACACCGAGAUACGUCCCGGCUCUCGUCACUUGCGGCUGUCAUGUCCCCUUACGGCAGAAAUGUAUUCGUCUCACGCCACCAUUUUGGGCUACAUUGACAAAAUCCCUCAUUUUGUUCGACGUUGUCCAUCCACAUUAACCUCACUGUCGCCGUAGACUGAGGAUUUCUCCGUUAUUUUCCCCGCUAAUCUGUCCGAGAUUGGCCCCAGCUGUGUUUGCCCAGCGUUGCGCCUCUGCACGGCCCUUUACGGUAGUGGUACUGAUGCGGGAUGAGUCAGGCUAUAUGAUGCUGCUGCCGCCGCCGCUGCCAUUUCAUCAGCAGCGCGAACCUACCAUCGCACGGCAAACGCAGCGAUGAUACCGCGGGAUUCCCCUCCGACAGCGAGCAUCCUGCCUUCAUAAGCAUCCUCCGCGCUUCUCGGCGUCGAAAGAGAGAGAGAAGAGAGAACAGCUGGUCCGCUGGUUGAUUCGUGGCCGCGGCUGAAAGCGCAGAUCCGGUUUUUUUGAUCGCACCUGCUCCGGGUGCGUUUUUUUUUUUCUCUCAGCCCUCGAUCGGGCCUGGCAUUCACAAGGAAAUCAGCCCAGACCCCAGGGCCUCCUGUGCACCAGCCGCCUCUGCCGCCGCGGGUUUCGAAGACAAACGUCGACUCCCGGGGGGCCUUUGUCGCUGUUUCGGUUGUUUUGCUGCUGUCCCGGGGAUCGCCCCAGCCAGACUCGUCGGUGCCAUGGACCCCACAUCAGCCUGGUCCUGAACAGCGUGAGAAGAGCAACCAUUCUGGCCUAAAGUCCGACCCACUCCCGCUCUAACGCUCACGCCGCGACAGACCGACAGACAGACCCGAGCCACAGACCGUCAGAGCGACAGACAGACGCAGCCAAGUCAUGGAGGCGAUAUGGCUCUAUCAGUUCCGGCUGAUCGUCAUCGGGGACUCGACGGUGGGCAAGUCGUGUCUGAUCCGGCGGUUCACGGAGGGCCGCUUCGCCCAGGUGUCGGACCCCACCGUCGGCGUGGACUUCUUCUCGCGGCUGGUGGAGAUCGAGCCCGGGAAGCGGAUCAAGCUGCAGAUCUGGGACACCGCGGGCCAGGAGCGCUUCAGGUCCAUCACCAGGGCUUACUACCGUAACUCCGUGGGUGGGCUCCUCCUCUUCGACAUCACCAAUCGCCGCUCCUUCCAGAACGUCCACGAUUGGCUGGAGGAGGCUCGUAGCCACGUCCAACCCCACAGCAUCGUCUUCCUAUUGGUCGGCCACAAGUGUGACCUGGAGGCACAGCGCCAGGUGACCCGCCAGGAGGCAGAGAAGCUGGCGGGAGCAUACGGGAUGCGCUACAUCGAGACAUCGGCCCGUGAUGCCAUCAAUGUUGAGCACGCCUUCACUGAGCUGACCAGAGACAUCUUCGCCUUGGUGCGGUCCGGCGACAUCACAAUCCAGGAGGGCUGGGAGGGCGUGAAGAGCGGGUUUGUCCCAAAUGUGGUUCACUCCUCCGAGGAAGUGACCAAGAGUGACCGCCGCUGUCUCUGUUGAUCUGGAAAGAGUUUUGAACGAUGGGACUGAAGGCCAAAAGGGGAGGGAAGGAUUCAGAGGGGAGUGGCUGACGGACUGAGGUGUUGGCCCUCUGACUGAAACUGUUGGCAACCCUCUGUUGUUCUUUCUUCAGACUGAAUGCUGAAGGAGAUGUUUUGAGGAAUUUCAAUGACAAGGCGGCAAAGAACACCUUAAACAUGGGUGGAUAGCUGAAGGGUUGUCCCCAUUUCUAAAUACGUUUUAUUUGUUGGAGAGGAAGGAUCACAGAUGCUCAUUUACUUGCGAGGGCUCCCAUGAUUCAGUUUCUUUAGUUUUGAUAUGGGCUUCUUGCCUGAAAAUCCCCCCCUGAAAGUUUUCGAAAGGCCUUAGAAAGAGGAUCAGUUUUGGUUCUUGCCAAAAUGAGAUGACGCUCUUGACCUGUGUCAUCUUUCUUUCUCCCAUCAUCUCUUCCUUCACCUCUCCUUCUACUACUUCUUAACCUUCUCCUCUCCUCCAAUAUGCAAUUACAUGAUCACUUACAAAAUGACCACUUUUACGUUGGUGACCAACAUCCUCCUAGCACAUAUCAUUUAAUAAAAUUUUGUCAGUACCCUUAGAUUAAAACUCCCUUGUUAACAA